CCACGCUGAAGCAACGGGUCCAAAGUUGUCGAGACUCAGCGAGGCUCUGCUGGCGCGUUCACCUCCCGCCGAACGCAGUACGCUUCGGACUCUCGCGCAGGCGAGAUUGCACCAAUCCGCUCGGUCGAUCCGGCGACCACGUGCGCAACGUUCUUCGGGAUCCGGCUGUUUCGGCCACGGGAUCCGACCACGUGUUUUCGGUGACUUACGAACCGGACGGAAGCGUCCUGCUGUGAACACGCUGUUCCGGUGUCCGACCAGGUACCUCUUUCCUUCACACCUUCACAGCAAUGUGAUCGACACACAGAUUACUGGAUGUGCUGCUAGCUUGUGGUAGCAUGUGAUACAGUCAGAUGUGGUAUGGAAGGAUGUGUAUCGAUGUGCUAUUGUUAGCUGGAUGUGGUAGACCAUGUGCUAUACUUAGGUGGAUGUGGUAGGACCAUGUGCUAUACUUAGGUGGAUGCGGUAUGGAGGAAUGUGUAUCGAUAGAGACGUGCUAUUGUUAGGUGGAUGUGGUAGGACCAUGUGCUAUACUUAGGUGGAUGCGGUAUGGAGGAAUGUGUAUCGAUAGAGACGUGCUAUUGUUAGGUGGAUGUGGUAGGACCAUGUGCUAUACUUAGGUGGAUGCGGUAUGGAGGAAUGUGUAUCGAUAGAGACGUGCUAUUGUUAGGUGGAUGUGGUAGGACCAUGUGCUAUACUUAGGUGGAUGUGGUAGGACCAUGUGCUAUACUUAGGUGGAUGCGGUAUGGAGGAAUGUGUAUCGAUAGAGACGUGCUAUUGUUAGGUGGAUGUGGUAGGACCAUGUGCUAUACUUAGGUGGAUGCGCAGGAAUGUGAAUCGAUGUAAUCGAACUGAGACUUUACCGGUGAUUUCCCUUUGAUUGUUGAAUGCUCAGACUUUAGAUGUCAAGGUCUAUGACGUUAAAUUGAUACGUUGAUGCUAUCGAUGUAGGGAUGUGGCAUUGCUAGAAGACGAGAUUUCAGGCUGUGGUAUUACUGGGAGCAUGUGGUAUUACCAGGAAAAUGUUCUAGGAAAAUGUGAUAGAAUCACGUAUUAUUACUAGAGGAAUGUGUAUCGCUCGGUAAUCGAACUCAGACUUCAAGGAGAUGAAUUCGCGAUUUGACCAUUAAGUAUUCAAACUUGUAUCCAAAUUCAAGUGUGUGCAAGUUUGUACAACAAAUCUUUGUACAAUUUACACAAGUAGGUCUGAAACUAGGUGAUAAAUUUGAAGACUGGAAUGCUAAUGAUACCAAUGUGAUUCCUAAGGACUAGAUCUAAAAUCGUUGACAGACAUACUUGAUGAAAUGAAUAGCACUCAUGAGUUUAUAACGAGCGAACGAGUAAAGCAUCAAUAAUAUGAACGAAAAAGAGUUCCAUAGAGCACCAAGAGAAAUUUCCAUAAUGUCCGAGCAGUUCCAUCGCGGGAACGUGUCGCGCAUCCAUCUGGCUAGGUCGUUAAGCAACGAGGAGCAAAGGAGACACUGGUUACGCACCCGUAGCCAGUAGCAAUCCAGAAAGGAGAAGAUUAACAAAAACAAGAAGAGAGACCAUUCUCGUUCAGCGAGCAAAAAGAAACGCGAAUAUUACGAGCCUCUUAAGAGCCUAAUGCUCGGCUAACUAGCGAGAGCCGCUCCAGAUACGAGCACAGCCGUGCAUCGCGUUGUGAAUGCAAACGUUCGAUUCGUUGUUCGUAAAUAGAGUCGAUCGUUCGGUUCUCACGGCUCGAAUUGAACGGACAGCGUGACAAAGAAACGCGAUCUGGCCGUGAACAGGCUCUCAUGUUCGUUCGAUAGUGAGGCGAGACCAAAAACGGGUGACGAAUGAAUUAGAAACGGCACCAAAUCGAUACCGUUGCUGAACUUUUCGUCGGGGGUCAAUCACCAAUCCGUGGAACAAUCGGCGGAACGAAAGGGGGGAAAAACAGAGUUGGUUAACAGGAUUGACGGGACGUAGAGAAAAAACUUUGAAAGGGACAGAGAUACCGGGUUAAUUAGAUUAUCGACGGUCUCGAGAGUUGUCGAAGGCUCGCAGGACGACCAUACAUGGUCCAGCUGCCUACGGAGCCGGAGGAAGCGGAUCGUCGCGUGGGAGGUCGCGCAGCUUCCACGCUGCUUUUUACGCGGCAGAAGACAGAUUCGGUGGCGACUUCGUUAUAGGCUCUCAAUUUUCGCGAAAAAGAAGAAGCUUGAAUGAUCACAGGCGCUCGGCCCGAUAUCGAACGAUUUCGAAACAAACUCGAUUUCGAUACGAGAACGUCUAUCAACGGGCCCAGGCAUCGUCAUUAACGCGGAAUCGCGUGCCAACUUUCAGUCUCGUGGCUGAAUGCACAGCGAGCACGCCAGGAUCGCGUUUAUAGCCGCACCGGCAUCCUAUAAAUCCAGAUUUCCGCGAUUUCACUGAACCAGUCCGCGGCUGACCGCGUAUAUAUGUCGAACGAGGCAUAUAACAGAUCGCUGGUACAACUCCGCGGGCCGAAGCGUUAAGAACGAUGAAAGUGUAGCGGAGCGUGUUAUGCAAAGCAGCGUGACGGGAGAACCAGAAAAGCCUGAUCGUCUGAUCGAUCCACAUUGCACCGUCGCCAAUUCGAGCUUGAUCGUUCACAGUGCGUCAUUCACGGGUCGAUUCGAUACGCGCGACCAGUCGAUCGCUUUCGAUUGACCGGAUCUUCCUGCUUCGGCGCCAAACGUUGAUCGAACUUGAGUAAUUGAAGUGUUGGUGUACGAAUCAAGUUUGGUAGAAACCGUCCGAUUUGGAGUCGGUAAAAAUUGAAUUGCAAAUCGCGUGGGAACAUGGAUACAGCCGAAAGGAUAUCGAGGAUCGCACGGUGAUCGGGGACGAAGGCACGAGGACAAAUAUGUCGGUCGCCGGCACCAGGAGGCUAUGCAGAGUGGGUCUGGUCGCCGUGUUGGUCACCGCGUUGUGCGUGUUGACCCUGCUGGAUUCGCCGCCACAACUCCCGGAUCCUCCAGCGGAUCCUCCUCCCACGCCGGGUGGUGAACCUCCAGGCACAAGAAGCAUCGUGGCUUACUCGUGGGCGAGGAGAUUGGCACUCGAUUACAGACCCUCCAAGGAGUGCGACGGUAAUGGAACGUACGGAACGACGUUAAAUACGUUCAAGUUAGCCGACGCGAAGUGGCUCGAGACAAUCCCUGGACAGCUCUUCCUGUACAGCGCCCACUUGGACCUGAGAGUGGCCGGGUAUCCGAGCCUCAGGGUGAUUGGCGUUAAACGUGGACCUCUGCCGACCUCCAACCUUUUCUGCACCGUUUGGUACGAAGAAGAGGAUCGAGGUAGAGCCAUAAGCGUGGAGGCGUUGGUCUCCACAAUUUGGUUGGACGAGUGGGGCGAGACGUUGGACAGCUACGCGGGUAUUCUGGUCGGUUGUCAAUUGCCCGUAGACGGGGCUCUGGAGCCGUCCAAGGUGUACGUGGGCCCUGAACCCUGCCAGCAGAAUGCUAGUCAUAGUUUAGCGAUAAACGGGAGGGAGAGGAACGAGGUGGACGAACGUCGACGGCAGUUCACCGUGUGCAUCAAAGGGUUGGACUUCGACGAGGACAUCUCGUCGAAGCUGGUCGCGUUCGUGGAGCUCCAUCGUAUCCUGGGUGCUCAGCUCUUCUACUUCUACGUGUUCAGCGUGCACGAGAACGUGCUGGAGGUGUUGAGGCUGUACGAGCAGUCGAACGUGAUCAGAUGGUUCAAUCUGACGCUACCUGGUGACCUGCCGAACGAGAAGCACGCCAGGAGGCGGUUCCUGGCUGAGAACAUUUGGAUCAAGAGGCGAAUGGAGCUGAUACCGUACAACCAUUGCUUUUACGACAACCUCCAUCGAUCCGAGUUCGUGCUGCCCAUCGACAUCGACGAGACGAUUGUCCCUGCCAGGAGGAGGAACUGGUACGAGCUUCUGCUGGACGAGAGGAUCAAACUCGGCCGAAGCUUCAAGGACUUCGCCUCGUACGCAGUCAGGAACGCUUAUUUCUUUCCGGAACUGCAGGCUAAGAAUCAGAGCGACCGCCCGACGCCUGACACGGAUUCACCGAAUUCCCUAGACGAUCUAGAUUAUCUGGACACGCUGAGGACCGCGUGUAUCUCGCCGGAAGGUGAUUCCGUGAAAAGCUUCGUAUCGACGAGACGAGCUUUAACGGUGCAUAAUCAUUACGCGCUAGCCACGUUGAAUCCGUCCACCAGGAGAGCCCAUCACUUCGACCCGGAAGACGUCCUUAAGCAUCACCAUAGGGCAUGCGAUGAUAGACACUUGGACUGCGAACUACUCAUGGAGGACGUCACUGUCGACGAGUCCGCGCUUAGGUACGCGGAUGAACUCAAGGAGAGAAUGAGGCUGUUCUUCGGAGACCUCAAGGCAUUCUCCUAGCGCAACAGUCGAUUUUGUAAAUAAUAAACGUUCAGAUAAUUGAUUA